AUGCCCCCCGGUAUUCUCGAACAGCCUGCCGAGGAGCAACAAGGAGGCGACUCGCACAUGACCAACGCUGCUAACGACAGCUGUGUCGACCGUCUGACCUUGCUAAGGAGUAUGCCGGAACCGCCGGUAGAGUGUCAGGUGUGCGUGGUUGGCGCCGGCCCGGCUGGCCUGAUGCUGGCUUGCAAUCUCGGCCGUUUCGGUGUCAAGGUGGAAGUGGUGGAUGAUAGGGCGGAUCAGACCCCUGUGGGGAGGCAAGUUCACACGCCAGCCGACGGUUUGCAACCCAAGACGAUCGAGACUUUCCGCCAGAUGCGCCUGGCAGACCCUCUACUACAACGCGGCGUUCGAGUGUACGACAUUGCUUUCUGGAGGAGUACAACCGACGAACCGCUCCACCGCCUCGGCCGAGAAAUCCAUUACCCCCCUAUAAUCGAUGUGCUAGACCCGUACAUUUUGCUUGUCCACCAGGGCAUGGUGGAAAGUCUGUUUAUCGAGGACUUGAAGAAGCGCGGCGUUGAAGUGCGGAGAAACACUGCUUUCGACUCGUAUAGCGUUUGCGACGGAAAUAAUGGGCCGCUCCAGGUGAACUGCCUAACAAAUGUUACGCAGGAUCGCAAGACCAUUUUGACGCAAUAUUUGGUUGGCUGUGACGGUGCGCACUCCAAGGUCAGGAAAAGCAUCCCUGAUGCCAAGCCCAUUGGCCUGUCGCAGCCCUCGCUGUGGGGCGUCCUCGACGGCGAGCUCGAUACCGACUUCCCAGACAUCUGGUCCAAGACAUUGGUUUACUCGCAAGAGCAUGGCUCUAUUCUGAUCAUUCCGCGAGAGCGGAACAUGACCAGAUUCUACAUUGAGCUGAAGAGCAGCACCAAGGGUGACAGGAACAUGCUCGGCCAGGACUUUGUGAUGCAGCGCGCCAAGGAGAUCAUGGCGCCUUUCAGUGUCAAGUGGAAAUACAUUGAGUGGUUUGGUAGGUACCAGAUCGGCCAGAGAGUUGCGAACCGCUUCCAAGACUCUCAUACCCGGGCCUUCUUGGCCGGUGACGCCAGCCACACCCACUCGCCCAAGGCUGCGCAGGGCAUGAACACGUCGAUGCACGAUGCCUGGAAUAUUGGCUGGAAGCUUAACUUUGCCGCCCGUGGCCUUGCGAAGCCCGCGUUGCUGGAGAGCUACGAAGAGGAGCGGAGGAAGAUCGCGUUGGACCUGGUCAACUUCGACUAUGAGCACGCCAACCAGAUUGCCGGAGGAGAUGCUGUCGCUCUGGCUGAAAACUUCAAGACGAACGUUCGCUUCAUCUCGGGCAUUGGCGCCGAGUACGGCGAGAAUGCUAUUAACAUGGUUGAACCGCAGUCGUGGGUUAUGGGUGACGCCAAGCCCGGCUGCUUGCUCCCGCCUGCAAAGGUGACUCGGUACUUGGACUCGAACCCGGUUGAUAUCCAGCUCGACAUUCCUAUGCUGGGCCAGUUCCGGAUCUACCUGUUGAUGUGGGAUGUCCAUCAGUCGCGCAUCUUCCUGGACGGUUUCUGCGCGGCUUUGGCGUCGCCUGAUUCUUUGGUCAACCAGCUCUCGGCCGCCACGAACAUUUCGUACGCUAAGCAGCCACGUCUACCAGCUCCAGAGGAUAUCUAUCUCCGUCCGGAGCGGUACACUGCCGUUAGUCAUUUGUUUACUUUCGGAUUGAUCACCACGAUGCCCAAGUCCGAAAUCGAAAUCACCGACCUCCCCGCCCUCUUCCAAGACAGCCGCUGGACCUUCUACCUCGACGACAUCCCCGAGCUCGACACCCGCGGCCAGCUGUGCACCAACAAGUGGCUCGGCAGCCUCGGUCCUGGAGAGGUGGCCAUCGUCAACGUCCGUCCCGACGGGUACGUCGGAUCCAUCGGCAGGUGGGACUCGAGCGUGGACGAUGCCGGUGAGGAGGCGGCCAAGUGGCUUGACACUUACUACGAUCGGUUUUUGCAGGUGCCUCCUUCUCCUGCGAUGGCUUAGGAGGGUGAUGCGGGAGAAGAGGAUGGUAAGGGUGAGGAGGAUGAGGAGGAUGAUGAUGAGGGGGAUGAGGAGGAGGAGGAGGUUUUUCUUGAUCCGGAGGAUGAUCCUGAGUGGCAAAGGAUUAAAAAAGAGAUACAGGAGGAGGUGGGUAUGAGUUCCAAGGAGAUUGAGAAGAGAACGGUGGAGUUUUCGAAGGAGAUAGCGGAGAAGUUGGCAGCGGACUCUGAGAAUUGGUCGGAGAGAGAGGGAUGGCUGGAAAG